GUGUGUGUUCAUGUUUACGUUGGAUGGGGGUCUGUGUGCCCUGUACGGCAGCACUCGCAGGGGGCAACAGAAAAAGACAGCUGUGUGUUUGAGAGAAACAGAAAACGUAAGAAAGACAGAGUGGAGGGCCAACAGGCAUGCCAGUCAAGACCGUCACUUUUGGAUUUGCUGAGUACCAUUCUUGUUCUCCAUCCGUCCAUGUGAACAGUUUUGGAGGCUUCUCCCUGGCCCGGCUUUCACUGCUUCUUCUUGUUUUCCCGUCCUGAAUAUGCCCUUGUCUUUAUGUGACGCCAAUGACAAGAAAAAUGAGAGAGCCAAAGCAGAUGCUGGCAACAGUUUUCUUCGAGCAGCCCGUUCUGGCAACCUGGACAAGGCCUUGGAACAUAUCAAAAAUGGCAUUGAUAUAAAUACAGCCAAUCAGAAUGGGCUCAAUGGGUUGCAUCUCGCCUCGAAAGAAGGCCACGUCAAAAUGGUGCUGGAGCUCCUCCACAAUGGGAUCGUACUGGAGACCACCACGAAGAAAGGGAACACGGCCCUACACAUUGCAGCCCUGGCAGGGCAGGAGCAGGUGGUCACAGAGCUGGUUAACUACGGGGCCAACGUCAACGCUCAGUCCCAGAAAGGUUUCACUCCACUCUACAUGGCUGCACAAGAAAACCAUCUAGAGGUUGUGAAGUUUCUUCUGGAGAACGGAGCCAAUCAGAGCAUUCCAACAGAGGAUGGAUUUACUCCUCUCGCCGUGGCUCUUCAGCAGGGACAUGAAAAUGUCGUAGCCCUGCUCAUCAACUACGGCACCAAGGGAAAGGUCCGCCUCCCUGCGCUGCACAUUGCAGCACGCAACGACGAUACUCGCACAGCCGCAGUGCUUUUGCAGAACGACCCCAAUCCUGAUGUACUCAGCAAGACUGGAUUCACACCCCUCCACAUUGCUGCACACUAUGAAAACUUGAACGUAGCUCAACUGCUGCUCAACAGGGGAGCCAAUGUCAACUUUACCCCAAAGAACGGCAUCACUCCUCUGCACAUUGCAUCCAGACGGGGGAAUGUGAUCAUGGUCCGACUCCUGCUGGACAGAGGGGCGCAGAUCGAUGCCAAGACCAAGGAUGAACUUACUCCUCUGCACUGCGCAGCCAGAAAUGGUCAUGUCAGGAUUAUAGAGAUCCUGCUAGACCACGGAGCCCCCAUCCAGGCAAAGACGAAGAAUGGCCUGUCUCCAAUCCACAUGGCAGCGCAGGGGGACCACAUGGACUGCGUCAAGCAACUUCUGCAGUACAAUGCGGAAAUUGACGACAUCACACUGGACCAUCUUACCCCUCUGCAUGUGGCAGCACACUGUGGCCAUCACCGCAUGGCCAAAGUACUGCUGGACAAAGGGGCCAAACCCAACUCCAGGGCUCUGAAUGGCUUUACACCUCUGCAUAUUGCUUGUAAAAAGAACCACAUGCGUGUGAUGGACCUUCUGCUCAAGCAAUCGGCGUCAUUAGAGGCUGUGACUGAGUCUGGCCUGACCCCCCUCCACGUGGCAUCGUUUAUGGGUCAUCUCAACAUCGUUAAGAUCCUGCUGCAGAAAGGAGCUUCCCCCAGCGCCUCCAAUGUAAAAGUGGAGACUCCUCUCCAUAUGGCAUCUCGGGCGGGACACUAUGAAGUGGCAGAGUUUUUAUUGCAGAAUGCAGCACCGGUGGACGCCAAGGCCAAGGAUGACCAAACACCUCUGCACUGUGCUUCUCGGAUGGGCCACAAGGAGAUAGUGAAGCUUCUGCUGGAGCACAAAGCCAACCCCAACUCCACCACCACAGCAGGACACACACCUCUACAUAUCGCUGCCCGGGAAGGCCAUGUGCAAACCGUACGCAUCCUCCUGGACAUGGAGGCUCAGCAGACCAAGAUGACCAAGAAAGGCUUCACUCCGCUCCAUGUGGCCUCCAAGUACGGCAAGGUGGAUGUAGCCGAGCUGUUGCUGGAGAGAGGAGCCAACCCCAACGCAGCUGGGAAGAAUGGUCUGACUCCGCUGCACGUCGCUGUACAUCACAACAACCUGGAUGUAGUUAACUUACUUGUCAGCAAAGGAGGGUCACCGCAUAGUGCAGCCAGGAACGGAUACACUGCCCUCCACAUAGCAUCCAAGCAGAACCAGGUGGAGGUGGCUAACAGCCUGCUGCAGUACGGAGCUUCGGCCAAUGCUGAGUCACUGCAGGGAGUCACACCUCUCCACCUGGCCUCGCAGGAAGGAAGGCCCGACAUGGUGUCCCUGCUCAUCUCCAAACAGGCCAACGUCAACCUUGGCAACAAGAGUGGAUUAACCCCCCUCCACCUGGUGGCACAGGAGGGACAUGUUGGCAUCGCUGAUAUCUUGGUGAAGCAGGGGGCUUCAGUCUAUGCAGCCACACGGAUGGGUUACACCCCUCUCCAUGUAGCUUGUCACUAUGGCAACAUCAAAAUGGUGAAGUUCCUCCUGCAGCAACAGGCCAAUGUCAACAGCAAAACAAGGCUUGGUUACACUCCUCUGCACCAGGCAGCCCAACAGGGACACACAGACAUCGUGACGCUGUUGCUGAAGCAUGGCGCUCAGCCCAACGAGACCACCACACAUGGCACUUCGGCCCUGGCCAUUGCUAAGAGGUUGGGCUACAUCUCUGUGAUUGACGUCCUAAAGCUUGUCACCGAGGAGACGGUUUCCAUGACGACCACAGAGAAACAUCGCAUGAGUUUCCCAGAAACAGUGGAUGAGAUACUAGACGUGUCUGAGGAUGAAGGAAUUGCACAGCUAACAUUAGGUAUGAAUGUCUAUUUCUUUCUUUGUGCGGCAUUCAUAGGUCGUUGUCAAAAAGUCUGGUGCUCCAUUUCAAGCUCACUCCAUUUUUGUUCCCCUGCCUCUCUCUCUCUCUCUCUCUCUCGUUUCCUCUGUAGUGGUACUCACUGUGAUGGUGGCUCUGGUUUCUCAUUGUUAACAAUCUUUUUCUUUUGUUUCUCUCUUUCUCUUGUGCUGUUUCACCAACCUGACCACGGUCUGUUCGCUCUCUUUGGCAUGUUGUUCUCUGAAGGAGAGGAGCUCUUGGGGACAGAAGGGGCCAGGUACAUGAAGAUGGAUGACAUGAAAGACCAUGAUGACGAUUUCCUCUCCCCCAAGAAAUCACUGGAGUACGAGAGAGGGCUGGGCACAGCGAAUUACUCGCCAGCCAUUCCCAGGAUUCCUCGUGUCUCUCCAGAGACUGUCAUCCUGAAAGAACAUGAGAUAGAUCAGGUAUCCAAAGAAUAUGACGAGGACUCGCUGAUUCCCAGCAGCCCGGCAACCGAGACGUCAGACAAUGUCAGCCCGGUGGCCAGUCCCAUACACACUGGGUUCCUGGUCAGUUUUAUGGUGGACGCUCGGGGCGGUUCCAUGCGAGGCAGCAGGCAUAAUGGUCUGCGUGUCAUCAUACCUCCACGGACGUGUGCGGCACCCACCCGCAUCACCUGCCGCCUGGUGAAGCCGCAGAAGCUGACCAGCCCCCCUCCGCUGGUGGAGGGAGAGGGGCUGGCCAGCAGGAUCAUUUCCCUGGGUCCAGCCAGCAUGCAGUUCCUGGGACCGGUGAUAGUGGAGAUCCCCCACUUUGCUGCUCUGGGUCGUGGCGAUCGGGAGCUCGUGGUGCUGAGGAGUGAAAAUGGAUCAGUGUGGAAGGAACACCGCAAUCGCUACGGUGACGAGGUCCUAGAAACAAUCCUCAACGGAAUGGAUGAAGACUUGGAAAGUCAAGAGGAACUCGGAAAGAAGCGAAUCCGCCGCAUCAUCUCCACCGACUUCCCCCUUUACUUCGCUGUCGUGUCACGAGUGCAGCAAGAAAGCGACCUGAUUGGUCCUGAGGGCGGUUCGCUGACAAGUAAACUUGUGCCGAUGGUCCAGGCCACGUUUCCUGAGACGGCGGUCACCAAACGAGUCCGCCUGGGGCUGCAGGCUCAGCCGGUUCCAGAUGAGCUUGUUGCAAAGCUGCUGGGUAACCAAGCAAACUUUAGCCCCGUGGUCACCGUGGAGCCUCGGCGGCGCAAGUUUCACCGACCCAUCGGCCUGCGCAUCCCCCUGCCCCCGUCCUGGAGGGACAGCCCCCGAGACUCCGGGGAGGGCGACACCACCAGCCUGCGUCUGCUCUGCUCAGUCAUAGGUGGUACAGCUCCAGCCCAAUGGGAGGACAUCACUGGCACCACCAAGCUUGUCUAUGCUAAUGACUGCGCCAGUUUCACAACCAAUGUCUCGGCACGAUUUUGGCUCGCAGACUGUCCUCGGACAGCUGAGGCCGUCUCCUUUGCCAACCUGCUCUAUAGAGAGCUGUCAGCUGUACCCUACAUGGCCAAGUUUGUGGUGUUUGCAAAGAUGAAUGAGCUGCGCGAAGGCCGUCUGCGCUGCUACUGCAUGACUGACGACAAGAUGGACAAAACUCUGGAACAACACGAGAACUUCACAGAAGUGGCUCGUAGCAGAGACAUAGAGGUAAUGGAAGGAAUGCCGCUUCACCUGGAGUGUUCAGGGAAUCUCGUGCCAGUGAGGAAGGCCACGCAGCAGCCUCGCUGUUUCAGCUUCCAGGCCUUCAGAGAUAACCGACUUCCAGUCUCUGUUAAGGUGAGAGACAGCAGUAAAGAGCCAACUGGGUUUUUGUCUUUCCUGCGUAAGACAACAAAGUAUGAGGACAGCCAACAUGUGCUCUGCAACCUCAACAUCACCAUGCCUCCAUGUAUUAAGAUUGUUGGAAGUGAAGACCGGAGGCGAACUCUGACCCCGCUGGCUUUAAGAGAAAGAUACAGCGCUCUAAAUGAGCCUGCUAUGGCAUCGAUGAGUGCCAUGGAGAGGACGGAGCUGAAGAUGGCUGUGAUUGCAGAACAGUUGGGACUGAGCUGGGCUGAGUUGGCACGUGAGCUUCAGCUCAGUGUGGAUGACAUCAACAAGAUCCGUGUGGAGAAUCCAAACUCCCUGCUGGAGCAGAGCUCUGCGCUGCUCAACCUGUGGGCCACUCGAGAAGGCAAGAGGGCCAAGAUGGAGAGCUUAUACACAGCUCUGAAGAGCAUCGACCGUAUGGACAUCAUCAACAUGCUGGAGGGCCAGCCGCCUCAGCCCGUGAGACAAGGCUCCCGUGAUCUCAGCAGACGCCGACACAAUGAGAGAGAGCACCUCUCCCCUGGUAUGACCAAUGGUUAUGGGCUCGCGCAGGAAGAGCUUCUCUCGCCGGCCUCCAUGCAGUACAGCCUGCCCUCCCCGUUGGGUGCUGAGCCUUACUGGCAAGAGGUCUCCAGUCUGGACUGUGCACCCAUUGCCACCACAGAAGAAGACACCCUGAUGGAGAUGUCUGAUGUGCAGGUGUGGCCCUCAGGCAACAGUCCCUCCUUGGUGCCUGUGGAGGACUCCUCGCUGGAGUGCAGCAAUGCUGACGAUUCAGAAGGUCUGCUGGGGCUACCGUAUGGAAGUCUGGGUCGGCCGGCCAGUCAGGCCAGCGCAGCCAGCGGAGGGGGUGUUGUGCUGAGUGGCUCCAUUGAGCUACCCGAAGACGAUUCAGAGAUGGGCGUUGACUCGCUCAGCACGACCACGCCAGCCUCGCUUGGGGGCACCAUCGCUGGGAUCAAUCUUAACGGGCUGAACAAUGAUCGGAAUGGAGACAGGUCAGGUAAUGGUGGAAACGGAGGUGGUGGAGGCUCUUUCCUUUCCUACCUGCAGGAACAGACAGGCCCAGGGUGGAUCCCUGUCACUGACCCUACUCAGGCCUGGGUGGGCAACCAGCCUAAGUCCAGGCAGGCCAUGGAAACCAUGAUGUCAUCAGUACGUAACGCUGUGGACGACCAGUCCCGCGUGUCCCAAGAGGCCUUGCUUCAGCCUGUGAGGGACAUGGGCCACUCUGAGAUCUUGAGGGGGCACUUCAGAGGUACCCAGCCAUUCGAGAAGGGUUUGGGCUUUCCACACCGGGUACCAGAGCUGAGGGCCUGGGACGAUGUACGUCUGAAGGGCCAGUUUGCUGGGGAUCAACGUGGGGCGAUGUGGGCCCUGGUGACCGAGCUCCUCUUCAGCUUCGUGCUGCUGGCUUUCCUGGUGAUCAGCUGCCAGAAUGUCCUCCACAUAGCCAGUGGCUCGGUGAGGUCUGUGCUCACCUACAUACACACUCAGCUGGACCACGAGCUCGGGGAGGUCGAGGGAGUAGCUGACGAAGAGGAGAACGUCACCACCAGAGUGGUCCGCCGCAGAGUCAUUCUCAAGGGCGAUGAGGUUGAAGACCUUCCUGGGGAGCAAGUGAGCGAGGAGCAGUUCACGGAUGAACAUGGAAACAUUGUCACAAAAAAGAUUGUGCGUAAGGUGGUGCGCAGAGGGAAGGGUUCAGGUGAGGAGGGGGUUCAGGAGGUGAGCGUGGAGAGUUCUCUGCAGGACGCCAACGAGCUGGAGGUUGAUGCUGAGCAGUUCAUGAGCUACGCCAUCUUGGGUCGGGACAGCAGCAAGCCCGAUACUGUGGAUGUGAAGAAAGGUGCUCAGAUAGUGAAAUGUGCCAGUCUGCGGAGAGUUAAGCAGUGAGGCAGACUGAGUGCUGCGUCCCCGCAGAGUUCUCCGCAGGAUUCAACCCCUUCACCAAAACCAUCCUACAUGGACACAUGACCAGCAGCAGCUGACAGGAGGAAGACCACACAUUAAAAAAGGCAGACCGAUGGAAACGAACGGCAACAGACACCGACUCAAUGACAACCACAGUGGCUAUGCCGACUAUCAGCACGCACCAGAAGAAAAAGGAUACGGAUUUACUUGUAGUUUUUAUUACCUUUUUUUUUUUUUAAAGAAACCGUGGAAAAAAAAAACAUCUACUACUAGGCUAGAAGCAUGAUUUCGUAUAAAAACAAAAAAAAAACCAAACACAGACAAAAAAAAAAAACUAAACAAACAAAAAAAAACUAGCAACCAAAACGUGCUUCCUGUUAUCUGUAUCAGCAUGAGUGACUGCUGCCGCAUGGCCUGUCUUUAACUACAAAUACUGAGGGAAUAUAGGGGUGGGUAAAAGGGGGAGGGAUGGGGAGGAGACACAUCUGUGUGGGACAGGCAUGCAGUGUAGGCUUUGGUCAACCACCACUGGCCCAUUUUCUAAACCAACGGGGAAAAGUUUAUCAGUCAAAACUUAAGAAAAAGAGAGACUAAAAUACUGAGAAUUACGUCGUCUCUAGGCAACAGGUUAUUCCCCCUCCUCCACGCCACACUCUUCCAGCUAAGAGCAUCACAAACUAGUUUUGAAACCUGUCCCAGUGCUCUCUAAGUCCAGUAAAGCUACUAUUAUCACCCAAGGAUAUCAGUGUUGUACAUAAUAUUGUAUGCACUAAAAUGCUCUAUACGUGACUGUGUGUUACGUGUGUUGUUUAUGUUAUAAGAUCCCUAUGCGAUGCCACUGAUGCUGCUGUUUCAGGUACAUAAGAAAUUCCUCCCUGUUUUCCUUGUUUGGUUCAUUUCGGUCAGAAGCUAUAUAUUAUUCUAUAUAUCUUGAGAUCUUUGUGGGUACAAGAACAUACAAAUGUCGUGUCGCUCUGCCUGUUUUAAACGUCGGAUUUACGUGUGUCCGGUUGUUUGUUUCUUUGUGCUUUUCACGUGCUCUCAUCCUUUGCUUUUGACAUGUCAAACUGUAGAGGGAAGACACACUGUAAGUCAUUUACUGUACCGUGGGGGUUUCUGAGCUUUGGGAGGCAGGUUUUUUUUUCUGCAGCGAACCUGCCUCCCCGACCUUCUCUCAGAGUGGUUUGCCUUGCGGAGAAGGUGACAAUGAGAUAUUUGACAGAGUGACAGAUUAUCACGAGCGAUCGACCUUCUCUACCAUCCCACUUCUCCGCCUUUUUCUUGUCCCCCCCCCCGCUGUGCUGUAUCCUCAUGAGGUUUGUGUUAAUAAGAUGUCUCUCUCCGCCCUCAAUCUUUCCCUCAUCACCCAACCUCCGCCUCCUCACCUCUUCACCUCUGCAGUCGGCCUCUCAGAGUAGAUGUAGCAGUCCUGUCCACCUCCAGCAAGGCGGUCAGGAUCCCACCUUCAGCUCGUAGCUGCGUCUGUUUGACCUCAUCAUGCAGUAUAUGAUACCACCACACGAGGUGCACUUAUAGACCAUCUCACCACCACCACCACCACCACCACCACCACCACCUGAAGAUGUCACUUGCUGAGGGUAAAGUAGCUGAAAUGCUGGUAAUAAUGUAGCACUGGUUUUGACUGGGUAAAAGAUGACGUUGGAGAAAGGAAAGUGUCGUGUCGAGGGUCGAGGAUGUGUUGAGCUUUGAUGUUUGUCUCCUUGGCGGUUCUUAGGAGUGUAGCAAAGACAGUCGGUCACCAAUCACUGUGAUGAGAAACUGUAAUACUGACCCGUAACUGUGAGCCUGACCCUUCCCGAAGCAUGUCUCUUGUUUCACUCCUCUUCUUUGGCGUUAUGUCUCUUUUUUUUUUUCAUGAUUUACUGUCUUAAUUGUUCUUUAGAAGAAGCAAUAACUGCUUACAAAAAGGAAAGGAUUGUAUGUGUGCGAGUGUGUGUGUAUGUGUGUGUGUGUGUGUGUGUGUGUGUGUGUGUGUGUGUGUGUGAAACAGAUGAGGGAGGAUUUUAGGAUCAUAGUUUCUGUUGUUCCUAAGCCUGGGCUUUCAAUCACAGCUUUAGACUCCUCCUCACUCUACUCAGAAAUGAUGUCAGCACAUAAGUAUCCCACAUUUUAUCACUUUGCCUCUCUAGAAUAGAAAAUGAUUGGUAUUUUGGUAUGACUUCGUACCAGCCAUCCCAUCUGCAAAGUGCCCGCUGUUUGUUUUUUGUUACUCAUCUGGGGAAUGUAGGUGUGUUCAGCCAGUUUUGAAACCUUAAUGACAUUCAUAUGCACCUUGAAAGAAAUCCUGCUGUUGUGCGUUUGAGUGUGUGUAUGUGUGUGUGUGUGCGUGACAGAGAUUUUAAUAUUCAGUCCUGGAUAUUGGGACAUGUCAAAGUUGUGAUAAUAUCACAGAAAGUAAUAUUGCAAAUGGAACAAAGAUUAUAUGUGUAAUUCUAAAUCACAUAUUUUUUAAAGUUGAUUUACCUCAAUACGCGUGCCAUCUCACAUUAUAUCAAUUACCUACAUGCAUUUCUUUCAAACGUUGCGUCAGACAUUGAAUGCUUUAUUCUAGAAAAAUAUGUAAGUCACAAAACCGUUGCAAUAAGCACCCAUCAAUAAGUGUUUAGUUUGGCUUCACGGCCAGAGAUGAUGAAUGUAAAGUCUUGGUAUACUGUGAGUCUUGUUAUGAAGUAGUCAUCUGUGUUGGCUCUGUACUUCAGUAGAUAGUAGGGUGUUCACGCUGUUGUUUCAACUCAGUAUCUGCUGUUGAUUAUAAUACAUAUGACUUCAUUCGCAUUUCAUCACAAACAUACACAGAGGAGAGUUUUAAAGAGCGAAGCCUCAAAUUGGUUUUUUGACAUUUUAACAAAUAUCCCUUCAUCUGAUAUUUUUUCUUUUAUUUUCUUGCUUAAUAACCACAAAAAAAGUUAGAUGUCAAUAAAACCUACACAGCAGUGUGAGCAGCACCCCUCCCAGUGUAUCAUAGGGUUUGCUCUCUAUGGGCUCAUAUUAUGGUAUGCUCGGGCCAUUUAUAAAUCCACUGCUGAUGUCAGGGUUAGAGCGAGGGGGGAUCUGAUGAAAAAAUAAUAAGAGGGAGCACUUUGACGUCAGAUGGAAUUAUGGGGACGCUUGGUGGCUUCGAUGGCUAGUCUUUCAAGAUGACAAGCAUUUUUCCUCAACACAGCCCACCCCUGAUCUUUUUCUGCCCUCUAACCAAAUAUGAGACUGAGCCGAUUCUCCGGCUUCCACAUGGUGACAGUUUGGACGUGUUUAGAAAGGAGUCCAACUAAGUGCAAGCAGACGGAGUAGUGGUUACAUCAGAAAACCGAACACUGGAGAGUCCUGCACUGAGGGACUACUGAGACGAUGCCAUGCACCAAGUUCAUGCAAAAAUAUUAACUGUUGCAAAAACUAGAGAACACAUGUAUAUUCCUUUAGAAUGGAUUGAAGACAUUAUUAACGCAAUAGCAUAUUACUCAAUACUAAGGAAUGCAACUGCGCACAUGCACAGAAAAUGUUUUUAACAUAAAAGGCUAUAUAUAUAUGAAAUAUAUGAAAAUAUAUAUAAAUAUAUAUAUUUACUUAGAAUGCUAUGCACCCUUACUUGUCAACUGGGAUUCUAGUUAUGUUAUGGAUGUACUUUUAGCAUCAUACAGCUGUAGCUACCAAGAGACUGUUGAGUUCUGGGUAAUGCCUGCAACCUGGGGAUAAAUAGGGGUCUUGUGGGUAUUUUAACUUGUUUUGUUUGCUUUUUUAUUGUUAUGGAGAGUCAAACAUGGAUUUAAAAUAUACAUGUAAAAGCCUUUUAAUCCAAUCAAAUCCGAGGACAUCUAUUGACAAUUUACUCUGUACACCAGCUCAACAUUUACAAAAUUAAUAAAGAAAUGAAAUGUC